UUGAGGCAAAAUAUAUGCAAAGUAUAGACUGUUCAUGAUUUCAUAUUUCUCGACUCAGCAAUGAAGAACCAUUGCCCAUAGUCAUUACGUCACAUUAUUUAUAUAUGUUUACGUUAUAUACACGGGAAGUUAUAUAUCAUUAAUGAGGUAUGAGGAAGCUAUAUACAAAGGCUAAGUAUUUGUUGCGAACUUCGAUAAUGCACAGUCUUGGUUUGGUCUUGGACUUGCCUUGCUGGUAUUGGACUUCUCAGCUUGCGAUACCCCGAUAAAAAAUAUUUGGAUUACUUGGAACCUCCGGCCAAUUGGAUACGGCAUGCAAUGGCGCCGCUAUAGCAGGAAGUGAUUGAUCAUGUUCGUGAACACAAAGUCUACCAUUUCCUCGGCAAAGCUUGGUUGUGACAACAUCACUGACAUUGAUGAAAUCAAUCCUCAUCCUGACACUGAUAGCCUAGACACUGAACGCAAGGGAUUCUCUUCGAAGAACGGCUUGGAAGACGACAAAAAUGUUUCGCCAGAAUGCUCGUAUCAACCUGCCCCAGCACUUUGCUAUAAAGAUGUCGCUAAAGAAACUGGGGACGAAACAAAGCGUAACUUAAAGCAAUCUUGCAAUCAACCGCAAGCAGAUGUUGCAACAAAUCUGAUCACCACUGAUGGAGGUGUCAUAAAGCUGACCGACGUCAUUCUUCAAAUCGAUGCCGGUUGUUUGGCCGAAGAUACCGAAAUUACAUCGCGAAUAGACGACGGACACAAUGAUCUCAAGUCACUGUUUGACUUAGAUUUAAUUCAAAGGGCUUCGAAUGUUGUUGAAUUUCUCCCCAAUGACUUGAAAUUCUUGAAACCAGCUGAUCUACAGUUCAAACAUGAAAGCCCCGUGCCCGGUAAUGAGCUAUUCAUCCUGCGUGGUUCUAUUUGCGAUAACCAACAGACUGUUUGGGAACUGGUGUCUAGUGAUAUGAUUCAAGAGUAUACGGAAAAAGGAGUUGUUAAUGUAAAAAUAGAAGGGUUUUCCCUCUAUUGCUAUAUUUUGGCAAAGCGCGGAAGAUUGGCUAGAAUUUUUAGUCACUUCCGUAAAUCAUUCACUUGCUUUGCAUACGCCUUGUAUCGAAGACAACUUUCAAAUAAAAUAGACAUUAUAGUCGUAUUUGUGAGUGAAUUUGUUGAAAAAGAUACAGACAUUAAACAAUUGAACGAUCUUAAAAAAGUUGGUUACGUCCUAAGUGAUAGAGGAGCGGCGAAACGUAUACAAAUUAACAGUGAUCUUCAAAUGUGCUUGAAUUUCCCGGGACAAAAAGACGAGCCUUUACUAUUCCAUAUCGACCAACCACAAUUAGACUCCAUCGGUUAUGUGCUCGACCGUUUUAAAGGGGUUCCAAUUAAAUUUCCAGCAAAAGGAACAGUUACUAUAAGUGAAGUGCUUUCCGAGGAAAAUUCAACGGGUGAAAGUGAACUUCCGUGGGUGCUAAAUAUUGUUGAACAGGAUGCCAAAGAAGAUAAAUCAACUGACAGACAAAUACCAAGAAAUCUGGUUCCACCAGCCGAAUCAGAACCAAAAGUCAUACGCCGGGACACGAAACUCACAGGAGUGGAAAUAACGAGGGUGAGUCGCAUGGUGGCGAUGGAUUGGGACAGUCUUGCCGGCCUCAUGGAUAUUCCUUAUGAAGAACGUGAAGAGAUCAGAACAAACUUCGCGAAAUACCCUGAUUCUCCUUCCAAAGCGGAAGAAGUUCUUAAUCUCUUCAAUGACAGCGAUUGCUUUUGUCGAGAUGUUUUUGGGAAGUGCGCGGACGAAUUGGGGCGGCAUGACUUAAUAAAGAAAUUACAACCUAUGGAGAAGAAAAAACGCACCGGGAUUGUUAGAUGGAAGAAACCAAUUCCGUCAUCGCAAAUCAAAGAGGCUGAUAAUGAAGAAAUUAAAAAGUUAAUAACACAACUCGAAAAAUUCCCGGAAAAAGACGCUGAGCGGCUCUCCCCUCGUGAAAUGUCCAGGUUAAGUCGCCGAAUUGCCGUUGACUGGGACAGUCUUGCUGGCCUCAUGGACAUCGCCAAGGAGGAAAGAGAUGACAUCAGAUGCAACGUUGCUUUUUACAGCGACAAUCGUUCACGAGCUGAGAAAAUCUUAUCCAUUUUCAACCGCAAGAGAGACUUCUCCCGUAAGAAGCUGGUAGAAUGCCUGAAAGAAAUAAAGAAAUUAGACGUGAUUCGACCAAUUAUCACUGGAGAAUGGAAAUUCUUGUAAUUAUCAAGUCAUCUGUUAGCUGAGUUGGACCACACCAUUAUGCUCUUCCAUCAGCCUCUCAAUAAUGAAUAAAGGUAUAAUUAUUUCGAACAGUUCAAAGUCCAGACGAUAGUGCAUUCAUAUUUCAUUUGUCAAGAUUUCUAUUACCAAGACUUUCUGGUUGAAAACCGAAAUCGAAUCAACCUUCUCUAAAGAAAGAUGGAAUGAUGGUAUGUAAGAAGUUUUCCACUUAAUCACAUAUCGUUUGUGUGACUUUAUCCUUUAACUGUUUGAUAUGAUCUCAACAGUCGAUACAGUGUCCUCCGUGUCCUCGUACGUCAUCCGUCUAUAACUGAACAGACAACGGUUCAUUGUUAUCUAUAUUUGUUAAAUAGACAUCAAUUUGACAACGACACGCUUUUAAUAUAAAAAAACACAAAUCGAAAUUUAUGCAUUAAAUCAUAUUUAUUACCAAGGGAUUUUCUGGCGCAUAGCGUAUGUUUAAAACUUCUCGGCUUCAUUGCCUGAAUAUUCUACAAUCUGUAUAGCGCUAGGAACGUACGUUUUUAGGAAAGUAUAUUUGUUUAUUUAUAGUCUUUGUUGCUCAAAGCGGCAAAGGACGGUGCUAAACAAGCCAUUUCAUUGUAAAUAUAGUUCAGCAUUUUCAAUUCAAUGUUAGUGAAUUUUGUGACUUGUUCAUGAAAUAAUUAAUGAGGUUUAUACCAAACCAAAUUUCAUGAAUUAGGUCAGAUGCACACCCGGUAUAUAUACCCCAUACGAAUUAGUUUGACUAGAUAUGUAAAUCAGUUACAAACACUAUACAGUAGUGGUAAAACAUUCGUGCUAAAUAGACCUUUUCAACUUGCAUGCAAAUUAACCUCAUUUUAGAUGUUGGGCAUGACCAUGGAAUAGCCAAUAAAACUUAACCAUUUCAGGCCAUGUGACUUGUAAUUAAUGACCAUGUUAAUUGGCAUACAAGCUGAAAAGGUCUAUUAGGACGAUUGGUUUAGAAUUAAAAUACUCCGCACCAAGUUUUAUGCUGUAUUCAACUUUCCGGGCUCAGUACUCUACCUAUGCGAACUGGCUUUGCUUUUGAUUCACGAUAGCUGGCAAUAACUGACUAUGAAAAACUAUUC